AUGGAACACGACAAAGACAAAGUCAGAGUUUAUCACAAGGCGGCUAAAAACCAACUAGUUGUUCAGUGUUUUUCACACAAAGAAGUUCAUCUGAUUUUUCCGACCGACCACGACAUUUUUUCUUUAACUCAUAUUACUCCAGAAAAUUCCGAUUUACUUAAUAAGGCCACAAAGGUCUUUAUUGCUGUGUGUGAUGUCGAGUACUCCAGAUUUGAGGAAUGGGAGAUCUUAUACCAUAUCAUAGAGUACUCUAAAACACAAAACGCGGUGUUUGAAUUAUAUGAUGAUGAUGGAGAAUUUAUAUUGACUGCAUUUCCCGAACUGUUACCCGAGUGGAUCACUCCACAGAAUGAAUUACACCAUGUUUAUAUCAAAGGAGGCAAUGUGAUGUUCACCGAUAUUAUUAUAACAGAUCCAUUGACACAAAUCAACGAUGAGUGUAUUAACAUUCAAAUGACUGAAGCCCUCAACAGAUAUAUACUUGACAAUAAAAGAAGAAAUGCACAACACAGAACAAUUGCAUUGAUCAAUAGUAAAGUAGCUCAAUUUCUUAAUUCAAAUACAGAGCUCUUUGGACUUAUUAUUAACAUGGUCUCGAAUGGUUUAGUCAAAGAAAGUGAUUUUACAACAAGCAAACAACAAUAUGGUGAAACAAAGCAAUGCCAAAUAAUCAUGACAAACUUGCAAUUUGCACGGUAUUACAAUUUCAUGACAAAAAGUACUGAAGAUUUCUUGUAUCAAGAAAAGCUUGGAGAGAUUCUUACAAGUGGGUUGGACCAUAUAAUUCGACAAGAAGUCUCAAUACAGGACCAUCAUGUGCACAAAGACUAUAAUUCCCUUUUUGAUAGUUAUAAAGUUAAUGGCAACUCUUCAAACCAAUUGAUCGAAGACGUAGUAACAGAAAUUGAUAUGAAACAAAUACUACAUAUGUAUAAAGGAGUUAUGGAACCUGAUAAAUUCGAAGAGAGGUUGAAAGGAGGAAUGGAAGAAUUACUUGGAGUUGAAGCCGGUCCGGAAGGCUUUGUUGGAUUUUCAGAUGGGCUCGACAAGACUGGGGGAGUGCAAGAGAAUAAGUUCAACGACUUAUUUGACGAGAUGAUGGACGACCUCAAAGAAGGACCAGACUUAGACAAUGAAAGUCAUUCAGAUGAAGACGAAGAGGAUGUAAAACAAGAGAUCGAGUUUAUGAAACAAAUGGACGCAAUGAUUAAAACGCAAAAUGAGGACUUCAGUGAAACACACCUUGGUGAUGCACUAGAAAAGGAUCAAACAGCAACCACUUCAGUGUUGUUUUCAAAAUCAUUUGAUUGA